AUGAUAGUUAUAGAACAAGAUUGUUUGUCUUUAUCUAGUUUAAAUGAUACUAAGAUUUAUUUUAAAGAAGAAGAGUCAGGUAAAAUUGAUAAUGAUAACAGUAUAGAAAUUAAAGAACAAUUAACAACCUUACUUAAUCUACGACUCAAAAAGAUGCAUCCUUGGCCUAAUCAUAUAAAAAAAGAAGCAAUUAAAGUAUACUAUAAAGAAUUUAAUAAUAUUGCUAGUAAACAACCUAUACAAAUUACAUCUUCCAAUAUUACUUUAACCACCUAUUACUUUGCAUCAAUCUUUGAUAACGACAGUGAUAAUGAUAAUAAUACAUCUAUUA